GGAAUUACAAUUUUAAAUAGUUAAUUUUGUCUCUAUUUGUUUUUUAAUUUAUUUGAAAUGUUAAUUAUUUAUUUUUUAUUUCAUUUAAAGAAUGUCGGUGUCGUGUUAUGCAAUCGGUCUUGAACCGGAUGCAAAACAGCGAUACUUAGAAAAAUUAAAACUUGUAAAUGUUGAUUGCCCUUACAGUAUUUCCAAAACUCUAUGGAAAUGUGGGCUUGAUUGCUGUCCAAUAGUUCCUAAGUUGUCUCCCCCUGACAUUUUCAUUCAUCUAGUGGAAAGUAAAAGCUACCAAAAUCUAUCUGAAGCCCUUGGAGCUUAUAAGGGGCUUUCAAUAGAAUCGAAACAGGCAGUAAAGGACGGAUGGGUACAGGAGUUCAGGGCCAUGAUUCUUUCCUCUGGAUUUGUACUAAUUAAAGCUAAGGUUUCACCUUCGCAAGCCCUAAGCCACACACCACACCAACCAUGGGCAGCAAUUGCAGCACAAGGAUGUGCAGCAGCCUGUGCACACUGCACUUGUGCUGCAGGAUUGGGAGAGGUUUGCAACCAUGUAGCCGGCCUACUUCAAGUAUGCAUGGUGUCUUCACAGAUCCACGAAGAAAUCAGCUGUACUGAAGAGCUCUGUACAUGGGCAGGAAACUAUUCCAAGCCGGGUGUCUUUAAAAAAGUAGCUGACAUGAGCGUGGUUAUGAAGGAGAAAUUACCCAAAGUAAAAAUACAAUCUAAGAAAGAUAUAUUUACACUCCUGUCAAAAUUAUCAGAAAUGCCAGGUGACCCUGCUGAAUACUAUUAG